AUGGCUACACCCCAUCCUCACAUAGGUCCCGUUGGCCCCGACACCCUCAUCACGGUCAAGGUCAUCAUCGACGGGACCAACAGAAGAUUCAAACUCGCUUUACGGGAUCUCGGUGCCAACGUGCUUCCACAAAAGCUCCGAUCCUUGCUUGCUAUCUCCCCAGAGCAGGACGUUCGAUUCGACCGAUUCUCUGAUUCCCAGGCAAGAUACAUCACCCUCGAUAGCAACGAUCCUGCCAUCUACAAGCAGCUCUACCGGGCGGCGAAGGCGAAGCUCAAGCUACGUUUGAGGGCUACCAUUGAGGGAAAGCCUGCAAGAGACGACCUGGCCCAAGACAUUGACAUGGCCCAGAGCAAACUUGCUGUCAAGGACGGUGCAGAUUCCCAGGCUGAGCCGAGGAACAACUUCCUGGAGACUGUUCUCUCCCAGCCAGUGGCGCCCUCCUUCAAGGCCUUUCAAAAGACCUGCCAAUUCUCUCCCACAUGUGCCAUUCCAGGAGCCUUCCAUCUUGACGUCAACACUUCAGGCAUGGACCAGACUGUCAACCCUCCUCAGGGCAAUCAGAGUGACCUGUUCAGUCAACCUACCCUUCCUUCCCUGAAUGACUUCCCUGCCACAUCGUACACCAUCGACUGCAACUAUUGUGGUUUGACGGUUGAGAACGAACACUAUCACUGCGGUAUUUGCGAAGGUGGUGAUUACGACCUUUGCAAGGAUUGCUUUGAAGCUGGAAUCACCUGCGAAGGGGACGAGCACUGGUUGCUUAAGCGAACCAUUCGUAAUGGACUGGUUAUUCCCAGCACUACCGAGACCCUUGCCCGCAAGAAGCUAUCCAAGGCAGCUGCAGGUUCCUCCAGCGAGUUGACCACACCCAUCAGCCCGGAGGCCGAUGACACAGAACUUACUUGCAACUCCUGCAUUUUCCGACUAUCGGCCUCUGAAUGUGUCACUUGCCAGGACUGUGACGAUUAUGACCUUUGCUUCGGUUGUCUUCAGGACGGUCAACACGGGCAUGAUCCGUCUCAUACGUUUGAGGCACGCGAUCCCGAAAAAGCGAAGGACGUCCCGAGCAUUAAAGAUCUCUGCUGUCCGGGACGUAGUAUCCGCCAUGAUGCCAUCUGUGAUGGCUGUGACCAGACCAUAUAUGGCAUCCGACACAAAUGCCUGUCCUGCCCAGAUUUCGACUACUGCUCCGCUUGCAUGCGCACCGCCGCGGCGAAACACCCCUCGCACCGCUUCGUGCCCAUUUCCGUGCCCAUUCAAACCCUACGCACUACCAAGCCGACGCACCGUGGCAUUUAUUGUGACGGACCGCUUUGCACGUCCUACAAGCGGUACAUCACCGGCGAUCGGUACAAGUGUGUUGUCUGUCACGAUACCGACUUCUGCGCAAACUGCGAAGCUUUGCCCAACAAUGGGCACAACGCAUCUCACCCCUUGAUCAAGAUCAAGCUUCCCCUCCGAAACGUCUCAAUCACGACUCAGCAAGAGAACGAGCACGGCCAAAAGGUUGCUCAGUUGGGCGACCGACCAAUGGCGAAGAACGCUGCUACGGAGACGACUCGAUCUACAUCAGCCAACGCUGCGACUCAGGUCCAGACCGUUGCCGAGGUAGAUCCCAUUGAGACUACCCCAGUGGUUGAGGUUGCUAAGGCGAGCGACGCGACCUCGGUGAAGCCCGUCACGAGCGAUCUUCAAGCCUGGUUCGUGAAGGAUUCGACCCCGGAUGGCACGAAAGUUGCUCCCAACCAUUUUCUCUCUCAAACCUGGACCUUGCGCAACCCGGGCCCCGACGCCUGGCCCGCCGGCUGUGCCGUCCACUACAUCGGAGGUGAUGAUAUGCGUAACCUCGAUCUCCUUCAUCCAUCCAGCACAAGCGCGAUGGCCAUGGCCAACAGCAGCACCCCGUGGGCAUUUUCCGUCCAGCCUGGUCAGACCGCCUUCUUCAGCGUCCUCCUCAAGUCGCCGAGUCGCGAGGGGCGAGCUAUUUCUUACUGGCGUCUCAAAACACCAGAAGGACUUCCCUUUGGCCACAAGCUGUGGGUUGACAUCGAGGUUCGCUCGACUCCUGUGGAGCUGCCCAUUCGCUCGCAUAUCUUGCCUUCUGCUCUGUUGAGCGAGGCCACUCCCAGCGAGGAAGAGAAGGAGGACGAGCAGUCGCAGAGCAGCUCAACCAUGAUCUUCCCUAAGCUAGAGAAGGAAUCGCCCAUGUCUAGCGUGCAUGAUGUUCGUGAAACCCAGGCCGAAUCAGCUCCGGCGGCAGUGAUGGAGCCUACCGUCAAAACGGAAGAACACGAACUUCUCGAGGAUGUUGAGAGCCUUGAACUCGAGGAGUCGGACAGCGAUGGAGAAGGAUUCCUGACAGAUGAAGAGUACGAUAUUCUGGACGCCAGCGAUGAAGAUUUGUUGAUGGAUGGACACACACACGUGGGCAAGUAA